GAGAAGGAAAUUUCAGCAUUUGUUCUUGUCUGUCAUAAUUCUUGUUCUUUUUGUAUUUCAGUACUUAGCAUUCACAAGAUCAACACAGCGCGUUUUAUGACCUUCUAGGUCCUUUAAUUUAUGAUAUCCUGAGGCCAGGUUUACCAACGAAAUAUUGCCAACAGCGGCUUUGCCGCUUUUUUGCAGCUCUGAAGUCGUAUCAGGAUCGGUUUUGCCGGCGUAAUCACUUAUCAGCUUGUACUUUUCAGAUGGACCUGAGUGUGGAGAACGGUGGCGACCUGGGCCGGCUGAUGACGGCAGCCGGUGACAACGGCCGCCGCCUCACCGGCUCCAGCAUGGAGAGCUCACAGGCAGACGAGCCUGACGCCAGCCGGAGGAAGAGCGCGGCCGGCCGCUCCCGUCGGCGCCUUACCCUGGAGAUGACUGCGGCGCUGCUGCAUCGGGCCCGCCGCGAAACGCGCGGCAACGAGCUGGACUUUGAGCGUGCAAACACGCUGGCGUUUCACGACACCGCCGACACACUGUCCACCGACAUGUCGGAUAAGAGCGGUACGGCGAGUGCUGAGGAGCGGGCGCGCGCCUUCUUGGAGAGCGGCUGCGGCGGCUUGUCGCUCCUGGACGCCAGUCGACUGCUGGAGCAACUCCGGUCGCCACCAGGCACACGACGCACUCGACGGGGCACACGUCGCCUGGCAUCGCCCCGCGCCGACGCCACGCUGGCAGAGCUCGGAGAGGACGGUGUGGCUGCUCUGUUACACAUAGUCGACGAGCAGCUCAAUUCAUUUAAGGGGUCGCUUUCGGAUAGCGAGGGUGAUCUUUCGUCGUCCGAGGAGACUGUACUGGAGGCUGAGAGGACCCUCACCUCGGAGUCUCACGAGGUCGGCGGUACGAACUCUGUCGAGGCCGAACAGGAAACCGAGAACUCUCAGCCGUUCGCCGAGCCAGCGCCGGUGUCUCACCGUCUCGGGAAGUCGGCUGUGCCCGUCGGUUCACCACAGGGCGCAACGACCGGUCUGGAGCGACGCGCCGCACUGACCAAUCUCAGUAACACUGCUUUCGCUCGCGACCGAACUUCGGUGGGAACGUCGGACAUCAAUCGCAGCAUUGUGGCAGGAAGUCUGGACCAGACUGUCAACUGGUCUGGGCGUAGUUCGAUCGACCGUUGCCGCCUGCGUGGUUCGCCAAGGGCCUCCAUGGGUCUUUCCAGAGCAAUGCCUUUAUUGCAGAGCACUCCUAGGGUUUCCAAAGCUGGUUCGGAGUUUUCGUUACGACUUGAAGACUCAUCUACAGGUUUGAAGGACGUCACUGAAGCCUCGAAGUGCGUUUCUAGUGGGAAUGCGCUGCUUAACCGUCCACUUGGGGAUAGUUCGGGUCCAGUGCGAAAAACACGAAGAAACACACGGAAGAAGAGACAGAACACGGAGGAAAGUGCCUCCGCUCUGCAGAGUAAGAGCGCUACAGACAGCGAGAACGAUAUGUGUACUCGACUUCAGAGCUUGUCGCUUUCCAGCACCGCAAUGGCACGGUUAGCGGAGUCGUGUGUCCUGUCAGAGCUAGAGCCUUUUACACCUUCCUCUGAGCUUUCAGAGUUUCAGUCAGCAGCUCCUAUGGACGUUUCAAACCGGCAGCAACCACAGCUGUCGUGUGUUCAAUCUCAACCGGAGCUUUCUUGGUCAAACGCAAGUGGUCGGCGACGAGGGAGGAAACGAGGCCCCAAACCAAAACCUCAGGCAGUGAAUGCUACGAACACAGCGCAGAAAGAGAAUGAUGCAAGUCAACACGAAUCGCAGCAGAGAAGCGCCAUGGGUGCCUCGGAUGUAUCGGCCAGUCGUGCCGCCAAGGUUCGUCGUCGCACGAUCGAGGUGACUGCUGCUCUGAUCCAGAAGGCUUGCUCCGGGGUCCCCGUGUCCAGUAAUGUGGUCGAUUCGCUCCUGUCUUCGUUCGACUGCUCGCUCGGCUCCGCCUCUGCCGGUCAGAGGCAGAGCGCCGAGGAGCGGGCGCGCGCCUUCUUGGAGAGCGGCUGCGGCGGCUUGUCGCUCUUGGACGCCAGUCGUCUGCUGGAGCAACUCCGGUCACCGCCAGGCACACGACGCACUCGACGGGGCACACGUCGCCUGGCAUCGCCCCGCGCGGACGCCACGCUGGCAGAGCUCGGAGAGGACGGUGUGGCCGCCCUGCUUCAUAUGGUUGACGAACAGCUGAACUCGUUCAGGGGUUCUCUCUCCGAUGAGGAUGACGAAACUUCAUCGGAAAGCACGAUGUUGGAGGCUGAACGAACUCUGGUUCAGGAGGAGUCACAGGCUGAGAUGGAACAGGGUAGAGAUCCGUCGAGUACCGAAAAUCCCACAGCCUGUGCAGAUAGCUCGCCAGAUUCAGUGUCGGACAAGUCCAGUAUGUUUCACUCAGCUGUGGACGACACACCGGCUGAUCAAAUGUCGCGUGAGUCGGUUGGGGCGUGGCUGGACAAGAGUCGGAGCUACCAAGUCGGCAAUCUCGAGCAGACUGGUCGCGCUGAUCGCAGCUUGUCACAGGCCUCGCUGCGCCUCUCGACAGCCGCCCCGCUACUGCAGAGCACGCCCAGACGCUCCGCGACGGGCUCCUUGGCCUCGCAAAUGUCGCUGAGACUGGAGGCGUCAUCUACUGUCAAUGAGGCGUCCAACUUCUCCAGAGCGACGAGAGCAUCCACCACUUCUCGAGCUUCAACGACAUCAAGGGCCUCUACAGCCUCGCGAGCGUCAACUUCUUCAGGACUGUCGGGGAUGGAAAGACGCUCAGGCAAUGAAGGAAAUGUUUCAGCCACAUGCGAAGAAGUCGAUGUGCCAGUGCCAGAAGCGGAUGCCGCUGGGACUGCGCUGUCAGUCGUGAUGGAGGACGUCACGCCUCCUAUGACUGAGGAUAGCCAUUCCUCAACGCAGGCCGCGGAAGAGGAGUGUUCUGACAGUGACGCCACUUUGGAGGAUGAGGAGGGAGCUGACAGCGAUGCUACGCUGGAAGGAGAGGCGGUCGUCAACAACUGCGACUAUGUGCCUGACUCAGGGACAGUGGAAGACCUGACCGUUACACCGAACGUCGAAGAAGCAGAGAAACGUGAAUCUCUUACGUCAUCCAAGAUUCAUCAGGAUGAGAAUCCAUCGAGCUCCUCGCCGAUCGGAUCUCCUCCCUCUGCCGAACCGCGAGUUCUUGCAGCUGCCUCCAUCCUUUCCGAGCCAACAGAGACCGUCACAGCGCCUAUCAGUGCUCUACUGUUUCCAUCUGGCUCCAAUCCUGGCGUCAUAUCGGCCACCAUGAGCUCAUUCCGGGCUCCGGAGCUGCGCUCCCCGGUCACAGCUAACAGCUCACUGACGGGAAUGUCGGAGAUAUCUCUGCGUCGGCCGGUGGGUCGGGAUUCCACGCUGGCUCCGGCGGUGUCGGCGGCGGCCUGCGAGCUGUCGCUGCUGGCGGGUCCUGAGGCCAGUGGUCGACGGCGGAAGGCGCGGGGAAGUCGGUCGCGUGUGACUCCACCAGGUGCGUCGUUCGUGGAUGAGACACUUCACGAGGAAGGGGAGGAUGAGGAGUGGGAGGAUGCGGAGGAACCGUCGGAUGAGAGGAAACGAGAAAAGGGCGAGGAAGAAGAACUAGAAGACCGAGGACAAGAUGUCGAAACGGAAGCAACGUGUGCGGAAGAACAGAUGGAAGUUCAUCAUCCAGGCAUCAUUCAAGAAGUGGAUGAUAUGGGUCAUGUGGACUACGAGGGCCACACACGAUCAAGUGAAUCGUACACGAAAGCAAAGAGUGUCAGUAGAGUAAUGGCCUCCCCGGAAUCGGUAGUACCUGGCCAGGAUGCUGAGGCAGUCAAUACCACCCCUGCAUUUGACAGCAGUACCAGGUCUGCACGGGGCGGGUCUUCGACGCGGCGGAAGGAUGGAAGGCGCUCUCGGGCCAACCGCAGUCGGGUGAUGGAAGCCUCCGCAAUGGAUUCGUCCAACAUGGACCUGACCUGCAUCACAGAGACGGUGACAGCAGCUGUUCCUCUGCUCAGCUCUACAAUGAGGGAGGACUCAGAGGGAGCCGGGAUACGAGUGGGUGGCCCACGGAAGGGUGCCCACAGCCUGUCGUCGUCUUUCGGCGGCUCCGGCCGACGUCUGAUGCUGUCGGCGUCUCCGGUCGACUCCCCGGGCGAGGUUAGUGCCCUGUACCGAACCUCGUCAUCCAAACUGAGCCGCAGUCGUUUGGGGACGAGCAGCCGGCGUGGCUCGGCGACUAAAUCGACCAGCCGUGGCUCCCGGUCGCGGUUGGGAUCGUCAGGCAGUGGUGGCAGGAGCAGGGACCAGUCGGCGGUCUCGGCACUCCUGGAUGAGACCAUGGAUCGGGUGACGCCGGUGCCGGCGCUACCCAUGUCGCGCCUGCCGCUGGUGGGUGGAAGUUCGAGUGGUGCUGAUAUGUCCAGCGGAGCUGUAUCGAAUGCCAGCCGCAUCUUUCGGGGCUCUGGAGCGAACAGAAGCCGCUCACGGGGUGCCAACUCAAGCUGCAGCUCUAAAGGAAGACGCAGUCCACCCAGCCGCAUCGACCUCGGCGCGGCAGGAGACGGUGCCACUGGUGGUGACGAGUCUGAUGACCUGGAGAGCACGCUGGUAGGCGAGGAGGGUGCCGUCGGCCGCACACCGACCGGCCCGGACGCCGCUGGCGAUCGACGGGGACCACUGGACUACAGCUCCAUCAACCUCCCGGGCGUGAGCCUCGCCCGGGCGUCAGUCACCGGCGACCCGGCCCGGCUCAGUAUCGCGCCGGGGGACCCGCUCGCCUCGUCAGCGCUGCUGAACGAGUUCUCCGGCGAGCUGGACGAGCUGGAUGAGGAGUCCUACUACAGUGAGGAAGAAGAGCUCGGCGCGGGCGCGGCCGGACCGCCGCAGCCUCCACGCACCGCCGCCGGCCGCCGGCCCACGCGACAGGAGCGGUUCGCCGCGCUGUUCCCAGAGGACGCCGACAAAGCUGGAGCUGCAGCUGCGCCCAAUGCCAAAGCAGCUGGUCGUAGGAAGCUGGGCGCGCUCCCUGCCACGGUACGCUCCAACGUGCGGCUCUUUGCCGUGGCCGACGCCGACCACAAGCGGUGGCUGAAGGCCAACGCCACGGGAUUGAAGGUCACCGCCGACGCCCAGCGCGAGUUCGUGUCUGCGCUGGAGCAGUACGAGCAGCUGGUGCUGGCGCAGCUGACCCAGGUGCUGGACGGACGCCGUCGCGUCACCACCGCUGACGUCCUGGAGCUGCUGCGGCGCUCCGGCGUGGCGCCGACCGUGGCCGACGUGCGGCGACUGGUGCGGAUCCACCUGCCGCUGGAGGCGCAGCGCGAGCUGGUGCGGGUCACGGAGGCCGGCGGACUCUACCCGGCCAAUGAUCCGCUCAGCGAGGAGUGAGCCCGCGUAGUCGGCGGGGUGACAGUGUUGGAGGAACUGGGAGAGGAUGGAACUGAAAGGGAGUUAGGUGGUGCGGUGGUAAAGCUAUGAAGAGCUCCUUAUGGACUUAUAGUGUAUAGUAUGUUUUCAGUGACCUCUGGGGCUCUGACUUGGGGCUCGGAGCAGAGCUUCCUGUGGCGCCCUGGCUGUAGAACAGGCCCGUUGGCCAUUCGGACGCCGUAUGUGAAGUAGCUGCUGGAACUUAGGGGCCUGAGUCGGGUGUGUCCGGUCCACUUAGCCCCAGAUUCUGUGUCCUAACACGACCACGCUGGGACUUGAGCGAUUGAUCGUAAGUCGUCAAUUAUGAGAAGUUUUGUCUUCUUUUCGGCAUGAAAUGUGGAGUGUGAGAUACUGCGCCGAUCUGGUGAGUUGUGACAAACGGUCCCAUCUAUUUUAGUCCACUUCUCUGGUGCGACAGUGCUUGUAAUAAAUAGCUGUUUCUGU